CGCCAGAGGCAAUAGAAACAGAAAAUAGCACAAGACCCAAAAAGACAGGUGUAUUAUAUAUAUAAUCCUGAUCCUGCACCUGAUCCUUGACUGCCGCAAGUUAUUCCGCCCGCGACUGUUAAGUGAAGUUAAACAAAUGUGAACAGUGGCGUCGCCAUCGACGCAGCAGCAGGAGCAGCCCCAGAAACCCAACGCAGUUGCACCCCCGCAAACAAAAAGUUCUGGGCCAUGGGCACCAAGGAGUCCAAGCACUCCAAUAGCAUCAGCUAUGAGGAUUCGGUGAAGCGCGUUAGCGAUGUGGAACUGCGGCGCCUAAGAGAUGCCUUUAAAAAGUCGGCGGGCGUUGGCCGCAACUUCCUUAGCCGAAAUGCCUUCCAGCAGGACGUCCUCUGCGAGGGAGUGCCGCCAAAAAUCACGGACAUGCUAUAUGCCGCCUGUGGUGGCACCCAGCGCGGCAUCUCCUUCAAUGAUCUGCUCUGCGGUCUGGUCCUGAUCACACGUGGAACCCAGGGCGAGAAGACCAAAUUCCUGUGGAACCUCUACUGCAACGAUGCCGGCACCUUUAUCAUCAAGUCGGACUAUCUGCGCAACGUCAAUUUGGCUCCCUUCGAGAGCGUCUCCCUGUUCGCCCAAAGCGAACGUGUCAAUUUCGAGCAGUUCCAGGACUGGAUCACCACGCAUCGCAAUGCCACUGUCCUCUCCAAAUGGCUGCUGGCCGACAAUUGUGUCAGCCUCACCUCGGAACUGGAGACGCCAACGUUCUACCAGAGUCUGGCAGGAGUGACUCAUUUGGAGGAGAAGGAUAUUGGUGAUCUGGAAAAGGAGUUUUGGCGCCUGAAGAGCAUUUCCCAAAACGGGCAAAUUGAUCUGCAGUUUCUGGGCCCGCUGAUCAGCCCACCCAUACCAAAGAAUGCAUUGGCGGGACUGUUUAAUGCCUUCGAUGAGAACCGCGACGGACACAUUGACUUCAAGGAGCUGUGUUGCGGCGUGAGUGCCGCCUGCCGUGGACCAGGAGUUGAGAGAACCCGCUUUUGCUUCAAGAUCUUCGAUGUGGAUCGCGAUGGAGUUCUUAGCCACGAGGAGACGCUGCAAAUGAUCGAUGUACUGCUGCUGGUGGCCAAGGAGAACCGCGAGGCGCAGCAGCAUAAGGAGCUGACCAAGCAGCUGGUGAUCAGUGACCUGCUGGAGUUUGGCCAGCGCCGAAGUCCCGACGGCACGCCCAGCAAACUAACCCGCGACAAUGUCUCGCUGACCGCCGAGGACUUUAUGCUGUGGACCGUGCAAUGCGACCUGCGACUCAUGCAGCCCCUGCUGGACCUGAUCUUCGAGCUCUGCCACAUCGUCUUUGGCCUCUGGCCGCAGUGCAAGCACAUGGAGAACGACAUUGUCCGUGGCUGGCUGCGACGCGAGGAACGCAGACCGUACCGCGUUGGUCAGUUCUGGUAUUUGAUCACGCGCGACUGGUGGCUCGGUUGGAUGCAAUACACCCAGCACACGGCCCACACCUGCGACUAUUGCAAACGCACGGCCAACCAGCGGACCGCUGUGGACGAGGCGCUUGUCUGCGAUGAGAGCUUUAAUACCCACAGUCUGGAGCAGCACGACAGCUACUCGUUGGGCUCGGGCACUGGCUCUGCCUCUGGAUCCGGAUCGGGGUCGGCGAGCAGUGGAAUCUCUGCCGGACGACACUGCGGACCCGUGCGACCGGGUCCCAUCGACAAUAGCAAUCUGAUCACGGCCAAUCCGUUUCGCAAUGUGCGCACCCUCACCGGCGAGGGCGGCCACCUCAAGCGGGACACGCCCCUGGUGCAAGGUCACGACUUCGAGCUGGUCCCCAAGUCCCUGUGGAAGGCCCUGAAUCGGUGGUAUGGCGACAAUCUGCCACUGCCGCGACAGGUCAUUCAACCACCCAACUCGGAUGUGGAACUCGAGCUGUACCCGCUAAACCUGCGCAUCCUGCUCCACCAGGCGCAACCCUCGCAGACGGGCGUUGGCGGCGGCACUCAACUCGGCAGCUGGGGCUCCACGGUGAGCGGUGGCUACGGUGUGCUGGCCUCCGGCGGCGGAUAUGCGGCCAUCGCGGCCAGCAGUGUGCUGCAGCCACCGAAGCGGUAUCUGGCCUACACGGCUGCCUUCAGUCGACUGGCCACGGUGCGUCAGGUAGGCGAGUUCCUGUGCGAGCAGCUGCGUCUGAAGUCGGAGGACAUACGGCUGUGGCACGUGCCGCAGUUGGACAACGGUGCCAUAUUGCUGGAGGAGGAUGCCAUGUGCCUGAAAGAGCUGCUAAUUCGGGACAACGACCAGCUGCUGCUGGAGAUCCGCAACAAAGAUUUGACCUGGCCGGAGGAGCUUGGCUCUCUGGCCACCGCUCAGAGUGGCCAGGGUGCGGCGGCGCCUGGUGACCGUCGUCGCCUCACCCGCAGCUCGAUUAUGUCGGUACAUGCACCGGGAGCCACUGGGCUGCACAAUCUGGGCAACACCUGCUUCAUGAACGCCGCCCUCCAGGUGCUGUUCAAUACGCAACCGCUGGCCCAGUAUUUCCAGCGCGAGAUGCAUCGGUUCGAGGUGAAUGCGGCCAACAAGCUGGGCACAAGGGGUCAGUUGGCCAUGCGCUACGCGGAGCUGCUGAAGGAGGUUUGGACCGCCACGACGCGCUCGGUGGCGCCGCUUAAGCUGCGCUUUUGCGUCAACAAGCAUGCGCCGCAAUUCGCCGGCGGCGGUCAGCAUGAUUCCCAGGAACUGCUCGAGUGGCUGCUGGACGCCCUGCACGAGGAUCUCAAUCGCGUCAUGGAGAAGCCGUACAGCGAGCUGAAGGACUCCAACGGUCGCCCCGACAAGAUCGUGGCCGCCGAGGCCUGGUCGCAGCAUCAUGCCCGCAACCAGUCCAUCAUCAUCGACCUGUUCUACGGUCAACUGAAGUCGAAGGUCAGCUGCCUGGGCUGCGGACACGAGUCCGUGCGCUUCGAUCCGUUCAGUCUGCUCAGUCUGCCGCUGCCCGUGGAGAACUAUGUCUAUUUGGAGGUCUUGGUUAUCCUUUUGGAUGGGACAGUGCCCAUUAAAUAUGGGUUUCGCCUGAACUCGGAGUGCAAGUACUCGCAUUUGAAGCACAAGCUGUCCACCCUGUGCUCCCUGCAACCAAAUCUGAUGCUCGUCUGCGAGCUGUGGAACUCGCAAAUACGCCAGGUGCUCGCCGACGAGGAAAAGUUGCGCACGCAGAGUGCCAAGGAGCUGUAUGUCUACCAGUUGCCCGAGCAAAGUGUGCGCACGCGGUCCAACUCGGUCCUCAGCAUGCACAUUGAGCAGGGACUCAAGGACAUUCAGCGCAGUUCGGCUCUUAUCACCACGGCACAGGACUCGCUGUCCUCGCUGAGCACGCUGCAAACUUCAAGCCACCGCGCCUCGUCACGAGUCCUUUGCAACGGUCAUGUGGCAGGACUGGAUGUCGAAACGGAACUGGAGGCCACAGAUGCCUCCCGCAAUAAUUACACUUCCAUCAAUAGCAAUUUCAGCGGAAACGGAAGCGGGAACGGAAACGGGAACGGAAAUGGGGACAAUCAAGUGCACGAACUGCUGCCAGAUGAGGCCGGAAAGGUAAGCCGGUGCUUUGGAAAGAGAGAGUGCAUGCCCCACAGCCUAUUUUGCUUCAAGGAGUCGCUCAUCCUGAGCUCCAGCCCGGAGAACACAUUCAUGCACGGUGCGGCCGCCCAACAGAAGCGGGUGUCCUCCGCCAAGUUGCUGCACACGGAGAGCAACACCAGCUCCAUGUCCUACACGAAUCACUCCGGCGAGAACUCCAUGGAGACCUCGCUGACGGAGCCCAUUCCGUUGGCCGAUGGCCGCCUGGCGCCGGUGAGUAGCCGCCAUGGCAGUGGCAGCGGCAGCGGUAGCGAUGACAGCUCCUUACGGACAUCGCCAAACGAAUCGAGUGGCCUGAGCACUGGCCACACACUGGGCGCCAGCCUGGAUGUGGACGAACAGGCAGUGGAGGAGGGCAACGAGGAGGAGCAUGAUCAGCAGGAUCAGAUUACCACUUCGCAGCCGGAGACCAGCAGUGGUGUGUACUCGCGCCGCUCCUCUCAGCCGCCGCACAAGGCGGCCAAAUAUCUGGUGGCCGUGCACCGGAAGAUCACGCGACACGACAGCUACUUCCUCUCCUACCACAAGACGCGGCCCAGCCUGUUCGGGGUGCCGCUGCUCAUCCCCAACAGCGAGGGCGGCACCCACAAGGAUCUCUACUGCGCCGUGUGGCUCCAGGUGAGCAGGCUGCUCAGUCCACUGCCCGCCACCACGGAACAGGCCAAUCAUGCCGCCGAUUGUGACGACAGCCUGGGCUACGACUUUCCCUUCACGUUGCGUGCCGUCAAGGCGGACGGACUCACCUGCGCCAUCUGCCCCUGGUCCAGUUUCUGUCGGGGAUGCGAGAUCCGCUGCAACAACGACUACGUACUCCAGGGAGCCCUGCCGCCCAUCAAUGCCGUGGCCAGCAAUACAUCGACGCCAAAAAUGAAUGCUAAAUUCCCAUCGCUACCAAAUCUGGAGGCCAAGCGGACGCCCGAGUACACCGCCUCGUUGUCCUACACACCGACAACGAAAUAUUUUGAAGACUUUACCAUUGCCAUCGACUGGGAUCCGACCGCCUUGCAUUUGCGCUACCAAAGCACCUUGGAGCGUCUUUGGGUGGAUCAUGAGACCAUUGCCAUAAGUCGGCGGGAGCAAGUGGAGCCCGUGGACCUGAAUCAUUGCCUGCGCGCCUUCACCUCCGAGGAGAAACUGGAGCAGUGGUAUCACUGCAGUCACUGCAAGGGCAAGAAACCAGCCACCAAGAAGCUGCAGAUCUGGAAACUGCCUCCGAUAUUGAUUGUGCACUUGAAGCGUUUCAACUGCGUGAACGGCAAGUGGGUGAAGUCACAGAAAGUGGUUCACUUCCCCUUCGAUGACUUCGAUCCCACGCCGUACCUGGCCUCAGUGCCCCAGGAGACGAUACUGCGGCACAAGGAGUUGCUGGAACUGCAAAAGGACGCCGAGUUGUCGAUGGCAAGCAAUGAAGUUGUUAGCGAGAUGGACGAGAUCGAUGUGCCCGCCAGCCAGGACAAGGAGCAGGAGCAGACAACUCAGGCGGAGACAACUCCAGCAGCCACCGCCGCCGCUUCUACAGCACCCACCGCCAGCAUCCUGCGCCAGAACAAGAACAUCAAGGCUGCACGGCGUCAGCGGCUCAUCUCGACGAGUCUCACCAAAACGCCCAUUGUGGACGGCGAGUUCGAGGACUAUCAUCAGCACCGACUCAAGCCGGAGGUGGAUAAGUUCGAUCCCAGAUACCGACUCUACGCUGUUGUGUCACAUUCGGGCAUGCUGAACGGAGGCCAUUACAUUUCCUAUGCAUCGAAUGCAACUGGUUCCUGGUACUGCUACAACGACAGCUCCUGCCGUGAAAUAUCACAGAAGCCGGUCAUCGAUCCGAGUGCCGCCUAUCUGCUGUUCUACGAGCGCAAGGGUCUCGACUACGAGCCCUAUCUGCCGAACAUCGAGGGACGGGCCCUGCCCAGCGCCUCCAGUGUGCCGCUCGAGGUGGACGAGACCGAGGGCGAGCUGAAGAAGCUGUGCUCAAUUUCCUAACUGAUGAUGUCCACAUCCUGGCACCUGGUGGACAUCGUGGCUAUGAAGAUUAUAUUAACCAUUCUUAUCCAUUCUGUUGUUUCACACCGCGUAUGUUUUGUUAUUUACUAUUCUAAGCUUCUGAUUCUGAUUUUCUGCAGUAGUUGUGUUUAGCCCCUAGUUAGUUAUAAGCCUACGCUCUAUUUUCUUUGCCGAAAACUGUUUUUGCAUGUAAUAUACAAUAUUCACGUUUAGCUUGUAAAUAAUACGUUACAUUGGUUUGUCACGUCGAACAAAUCUAUUCUCAAUUUUUUCCCGUUGCUUUGUUUUGUUUUGUUGUAUAUAAUUUUUAAAUUUUGUACUUGUAUUAGGCCAGCAGUGCCAGCUUGUAAUUAUUUAGGCCAGACCAUGUCGGGAAAUUCCAUUUAAUUUGUAAUUAUUGCUGUAAAUAACAAGCGGAAGUGAAGCCGCCCGAAAGGCGACAAGUUUUAGGCAGUUUUGAUAUUAAUCGAUGAUCAGCAAUAUUAAGAUGUUACGAAUUUCAUCCCAAGAACUCGCGGACUAUUGUUGGUCUACUCAUCCCGUAUUUACAUGUAUUGAUUGGCUUUGUGUGACGUGCCGAACGGACUCGGUUCGAAAUUGUAGUAUUGCGCUUAUCAGAUAUGACUUAAAUAUGUCUAAUGAAUGUGUAUUUGAUAUUUACAAAUAUAUAUAUACACCCACAGAUAUAUAUACAUAUACAUACAGAACUUAACUAAUUUAUAUUAAUAUACAUGAAACAUGAUGAUAUAUUCGAAACGAAAAGCUAUGAAUAAAACAACUUUUGUCGCUUGA